AUGCCUUUCGUCACAUCCGCUCGCGAGCUGCUGAGCGUGCGGCUACCGGGCCCGAGCCUGCACGAAGAGGCAUCUGGCAGCAUCGUCUCGCUCUCGUGGGCCUUUCUCGUCAUUCCAUGCCUCUUUCUCGUUGUCGCAUUCGGCUGGAUCCUCUACAGCUUUAGUCAGCCGUCGGAAUUCCCGCAAGCAAACGGCUUCGGCCAUGCCGACCACGAUGCAGACGAUACCGAAGGUGACGACGAAAAGGAACAGCUGCUCGACGGCUUCAGAGAGUCGCAGUCCCACGUUUUAUCCAGCGAUGCAGCUUCAAGCUCCGGCUGGAAGAUCAACGGGAAAUUCAGCACCACCUCGAGAGGAGGCUCCGUCUAUACUUCCUAUUCCAGUCCAAACAGCAGCCCGGCGGCUUCCUCGCCCAAGUCGAAGCGUGUCAGCCUCGCCGCAGAUGGCAAACCCAGCAGAUCCGUUGGAAGCAAGGCCGCAAAAGUGUUAGCCUACAAUCGCGACCGCAUGAUGCGAGACCUCGAGAACGUCGACCCAGUCGACAGAGAGGAGCUGCAGCGCUCUUCCUCGCGCGCCAGCGAAACACGCAAAUCCGAUUGA